UUUUUUUUUUACUUGCCUUCCUUAUUCACCCUUUGAAUAAAUGACUUCUCUUCCUGCAAUUGAACAGCUCAACCAAGAAAGUUCUGAGAACUUUAUCAAAGCCAUCAAUACCUUAUUUGAGACUGCACCACCACUUGCCCGACGCUUGCUUGACCACCGUCCCUACACGUCUUAUUCGGAGUUGAUUGAUUAUGCUGAAAAGGUAUGCCUCGGUAACGAACUUGACGAGCAAGAAAAAUUAGAAGUCAUGAAUGCUCAUCCACGUAUUGGCGCAUCCAAAGCUGGUCUUUCCGCCAACUCACUUAAGGAACAAGGUUAUAACUCACACACAAGCACGCUUUCCACUCAAGAUCAAGAAGUAAAUGCCGAACUAGCCAAGUUAAAUCAGGCCUAUGAAGAUCAAUAUGGAUUUAAAUUUGUUGUGUUUGUUAACGGUCGUCCUCGUCAUGAAAUCAUUCCUAUUAUUAAGGAACGUAUGGCUUCUAAUAGUCACGAGAAGGAAUUGCGUACAGGUAUCACUGACAUGAUGUUGAUUGCCAGAGAUCGUUUAAAGAAAGCUACCUUUGAAAGCAGCAAAAUAUAAUAAAACAUGCCUUUGUCUUUAGAUCCCAAUUUACGUUCAUUG